AUGAGCAAUACAGUCUGCCAGAAAUGUCUCAGAACCGGACAUUACAUUUUUGAAUGCAAAUCGGAGCGACCCUAUGUUUCUCGGCCAUCUCGAACGCAGAUGCUCGAGAAUCCGAGCGUCCUUGCCAAGCUUAAAGCGUCAGGAAAACCGUCUGUCGAAGUCCCAGAAGAGUUCAAGAAGAAAGAAGGGACAGCCAACGCAAUACUAGAGGCGAGGGAGAAGGAAAGAGCCGAUGCUCAGGGUAAAGGGAAAGGAAAGGAACGAGAAAACAAGAAAGUCAGACGCUCCCACUCUUCUUCCUCUGACUCGUCAAGCUCAGAUUCUGAGUCUGGAUCGUCCGGCUCCUCUUCGGAUUCGGAUUCUGACUCAGAAAGAGCUGGUUGGAUUGUAUUGUGUCGCGAAGUCCCUACCGCUCAGUCUACGCACAGUUAA